UAUCUCAAAAAUACCCACCCCUCUUUAUCAUUUUACCAUUUCAUUAUCCUUCUCUCUAUACCUGCGACCAAGGGUUUAGACCAAUACUGCUAGUUCCGUUGCGGGUGAAUACUUCUCCUUUCGUCUCCGGCGAGAAGUGCGCUUCCUAUCGUUGCCAUCUUAGGUCACCGGCGAGAGGAUUCGCCGGCAAGAAUGGAUGAUCCAACAUCUUCAAAAUUAUUUUCUCAGCCUCCUGCUCUCAAUUUUUGUCUUCAAUGUCAGUGCUUCUUUGUCCACCACUUUCAUGGCGUAAAAACAAAAUUAAAAGCAGGAGCAGGAACAGAAGCAGUGAAGGGCGUUCAAGCGCAAAUCAAAGAGAGUACUGUCGGAUUUCUUACAGAGAAUUGGGUAUCCGAAAUUGUUGAAUCUCUACACAAUCCAAAAUUUUAAACCCUUAGAUUCAUUUUUUUUACUAACCCAUGCACAAAUCGGGGAAGAGAUGCCGGCAAUGACAUGCUUCCUAGAUGCUGCGACUCCUCCUGGUUAUGCUUUAGCUGGGGAUGGCUCUCCUCCCGCGCUGGAUAUACUUUCUGGUGCACCAUCGACGACAAACACCACCCCCACCACCACCACCUCCAUCCUUGACCACUCGUCCCAACUUUGGUCUCCAUCCCAGUCUGCCUCUCUAUACAGGAUUGAUGCCUGGGGGCCACCUUACUUCUCUGUAAACUCCUCCGGCGACAUUGUCGUCCGUCCUUAUGGUUCCGAUACUCUUCCUCAUAAGGAGAUUGAUCUCAUGAAAGUUGUCAAGAAGGAUUCUGAACCGAAAUCAGCCCGCAGAUUAGGUUUGCAGUUCCCUCUUAUUGUUCGCUUUCCAGAUGUCCUUAAGAACCGCCUCGAAUCUCUGCAGUCGGCGUUCAAUUAUGCUAUCCAUUCUCAAAAACAUGUCAACAAAAAAAAAGACAUCAGGAACCUUCUUGUGACUUCAACCCAACCCCGUCACUCUCUUCCAUGAUGGUAAAUAAGUAUAACUUUAGGAGUAAUAUCAAGAGCUUCAAUCUCAAUGGCAUGUGUUGCAGUGCCGAAAAAAUUGCCCUCGACCUCGCCAAGGACAUGCCAAUAAAAAGGAGAAAGCACCUCCAACUCCUCCAUAACCCCUCUUCUUUUCUCCACUAUCUCUCGGCAACAAAAUUAAAAGCAGACCUUUCUUGGCAUCAACUUCUCAUUACUUCUGGAUCUCAUAUAUUGAUCUGGUGAGACUUGUGACACCCUAGCGUCGGUCGCCGUCCGUCCAGUCCGGCUGCCAAUCGCCAAUGGUCUAACAACUACGAUUUGGGUGAAAAAAAUAUUACCUUACUGUAAAGGUAUUUUUAGUACUUCGGAUUUGAUAAGGGUAUUUUAAUAUUUAAAAUAAAAUAUAAUUACUGUCGUUAACAAAUAAGGUAUAUUUUUUAACAGUGAUGGCUCACACCCUUCUGACUUGGGUAGGACACUAAUGAAGUUCAUGGAUACACUCUCCCAUGGUCUUUCUGGUAUGAGAAAUGGCUCUAGUAGUCCCCUAGGUGAUUGUUGCUCCACCUUGUCUUGUUAGCAUACAAGACAAAUUCUCACAUAGGUCUCUAUGUCAUCCCACAUCUGAGGCCAAUAGUAAGCCACUUCCAACAAUGCCCGUGUGCGUCUGUCCUGGGUGACCAGCCCAUUUUGUGUCGUAGCAUUCGCGAAUGAGGUUUCUCCAUAGGUUACUCCACUUAAGCACAUAGAGUCUCCUCUUCUUAACAUAGAGCAAGCCAUUUUGCUCCCAAAAUCUUCGUGUCUUGUCUUCCUGUGUAAGGGUAAAUAAGUUCUUAGCCAUAGAAUCAUGUUGGAUGCCCUAUUUGAUCAACUCUAGAAGUUUCCCUUCCGGUUGGCUAAGAGAAACUAACUCCGCCUUUCUACUAAGCGCAUCAGCCACCUCGUUGGCCUUACCCGGCUUGUAUUCAAAGACGAAGUCAAACUCUGCUAAGAAGUCUUGCUAUCUAGCUUGCUUAGGACUCAACUUCUUUUGGGUUCGAAAGUAGGUAGUGGCAACGUUAUCGGUCUUCACCACAAACUGUGACCCAAGUAGGUAGUGUCGCCACGUCCUUAGGCUAUGUACCACCGCGGUCAUCUCCUUCUCAUGGACUGUGUAGCGCCACUUUGUCUCAUUCAACUUACGGCUCUCAUAGGCAAUGGAGUGCCUUUCUUGCAUCAACACCCCACUGAUAGCAAAGUGGUUUGAGUCUAAUUUGAUGGAAUAGAGAGGGUAUUCUUAUAAUUAUGGCAUUCUCCAAGGAUGACGUUGUAAAUUACCCAAAAUAAUAUGCAAUAAAGGAUGGUAAUAAUUUUGGGUCUUUGGGCAUGUCUCCACUGUCCAACAACCCUGGCUCAGUGUGCAACCCUCUUAGCUACUUGUACUCGGCGGGAAAUCUCUGAUCAUGGAAUCAUAAGCAAUCGCUUGACGGCCUGGGGCCCUGCUAAAGCUUCCCUUAAAGACUUUUUUUGGUUCGGGAAUUGUAUUGAUAACAGAAGUUGGUUGGGCUUUAAAGUUGGGUUAUUUCUUUUCACCUCAAGGAUGAAUCCGGUGCCAUUUUCGUCUGGGACACCAGACACCUUUUCCCUGGUUUCCAAUUUCUCAACCUGCCUCCUCAGUGGCCAAUGCGUUUUGGGAGUCUGGACAUGUAGACGAACACCUAAAGAACUUACAAGAUACAGUAAAUCUCUUGAAGGCAUUGCAGAAAGAACUAGAAGUAAUUAUUUUGAGUAGAGAAACUGAUGGGUCCACGGAGGAGCUUGAUAAUGCGCCUGCGAAUGAUUGCCUUCAUAAAUUUUUUGAAGUGGUUAAAGCAAAGAGGAUUAAUUUGAAACUGCAAGAGUCUUUCAUUGGAAGCUGCAAACUCUUUGCUUUCUGCCUUGAAAACUCAGCUUGAGCCUUUUAAUGCUCUAACAAACCAAACCAGUUCAUGGGAGGAAAAAUCUGCUGCUGUCAAGGUAGCUAAAAAGUUUCAGAAGCACCAAAGAAAUAAGCGUUGGAGGAAGAAGAAGAGGAAACGCAUUGCAGAAAUGCUUUCUAAGGAGCAUGAAAGAUUUGACCAAGCUGAUCAAGAAGCUGAUGAGUAGAGGGCUAGAUGGAUAGCCAAGGAUAUUGCAAGACGGAGAUAGAGAAGAUGAAGGAAAUUGCAAAGCUUAAGGCGAAUGAAGAAAAACAAAUUCUAGAAUCUGAGCUGGAGCUGAUCUUGAUUGUGGAAAAGUUGCAAGAACUACGUUCCAUAAGAAUCCAGAAACUGAAGAAACAAGGCCAUUUUCUCCCAGAAGAGGAUGACAAGUUUCUUCAGCGAGUGCAAGCUGUAGUUGAGGAAGAAGAACGCCAAGCUGUGGCUGCUGCUGACACAGAUGCUGCCAGAGAUGCCAUUGCGACAGAUGAGGAAUCUAGGAAAGGCAUCCUUAAUGGUGGACCUGAGUCAAAAGAUAGCAGUGGUAAAGGUGGAGAUAACGAGAAUCGGGGCCAACGCUCUGGGACUGAAAAUGAAAGAGUAGCUGGUGCAGCCACAGUGCAGGAGCCUGAACAGGGACAGGACGGACAGGGUGCUUAUGGGGCUUAUGAUUCUGUUUCCAAUUUACCUAUUGAAUUCUAUCACUACUACCAUGGUGGUAACAGUGACAUGGGCACACUUAUCGAGGUCAGGAGAACAUGGGAUGCAUUUAUAAGACCAGGAGGAAGAAUUCUGCUGAAUUUGGUUGCAGCCGGAUGCCUGGCCAUUGGGUUCAGCCACCUCCUCCUGCAAAUGAGGUAUGGGCUUCCUACUUGGUACGGCAGAGUUGACAUUUUGAAGACCAUAUUUAAGAUAUUACAUGACAACAGCCUUCUAUUUUAUGCCCUAGGCUCCUCAUGUUGACGGUUUAAGCACCGUUGAAAGUUGAUCAACUUUUGAAGAGUACCAUCUACCAAGCUUCCUUAUCAGUUGUAUGUUUGUAGGAUCCACUAAACAAUUUAGAGCUCGGAUUAUGUGGUAUUCGGAUGAUGGCAAUUGAUCUCAAAACAGUCCAUUGCAAGAAAAGGAAAUCAGGUGGGUUUUGGUGGGUUGAGCCUGGGGGUUGUAUGAAAAACAGGGGUAGUCAUGCCUAACCGAGCCUCUGUUUUAUUUGGUUGUAUCAAAGGAAUGUCCUUUUGAUGGUCCAUGUUGAGUCAUGUUGAAGGUUGGUAUAGCUUUAUGACCAUUGGAUUGGUUGUACACCCUCAUGGAUGGGCCACAAUGUACUAAUAAGCAUUUUAAAAGUUAAAAUUUUAACCAA